ACCGACGCGACGACUUUUUUGACCAACCCAUUCUCUCUCCUAUUCUCCGAUUCCUCUCUGCGCCUUCUUCAACUACUUCUUCUUCUUCUUCUUCUUCUUCUUCUUCAUUUCAUUCGUUUCUGUUCUUUCAUCUGUCGCUCUCUGUAAGUUAUCUCUUCUUGCUUCCGAUGGGAGGCCGUAGUUCCAAGAACGGCAAGGCGCCGCGGGUUCUCAAUUCCAACGGUCAUCUUCCGCAGAACGGCCGUCAUCGCUACAACAGCAACGACCAGCGUAUCCGCGCCGGAGGAGACAGCGGCGCCGGAGAAUUAGACCACGGGAGUAAAUCGAAGCAGAAUGAGCUGGGAGGGAAGCCACAGCGGAGCGAGGAACUCCAGAAGCAGUCGUUUCCAUAUUCCAGUCCUGCUAAUAAUUCAACGGAUGAAUUUUACGACGGUAUUCCGCUUUACUCUUCUUCGCGGUCGAAAUCCACUGGGUCUAGGCAAGGAGCUGUUUCCAAGGUUUCAGAGGUCAGUUCACGACUGGGCAGAGUUGGUUCAGUUGGGCUAGGAAAAGCAGUGGAGGUAUUGGACACUCUUGGGAGUAGCAUGACGAAUUUGAACCCUAAAGGCGGAUUCGCUUUCGCCGCGACGACUAAAGGGAACGAACUUGAAAUCUUAGCUUUCGAGGUCGCGAACACGAUCGUCAAGGGCUUUAAUCUUAUGCAAUCCCUUUCCAAAAGGAAUAUCAAGCGGUUAAAGGAAUUGCUCCCUUCAGAAGGGGUUCAGAAUCUAGUGUCAGUCAAUACAGAUGAACUCUUGAGAAUUUUUGCAGCUGACAAGAGGGAUGAGUUGAAGGUUUUCUCCUGUGAAGUGUUUCGUUUUGGGAACCGGUGUAAAGAUCCUCAAUGGCACAACUUGGAUCGAUAUUUUGAAAAAAUUAGCAAAGAGUUUGCUCCUCAAAGGCAGUUACAAGACGAGGCAGAAUCGGUGAUGGAGGUUUUGAUGAUUUUGGUUCAAAAUACAGCAGAAUUAUACCAAGAAUUGCAACUGCUGGACAAACUUGACCAAGAGUAUCAGCGUAAACUUAGCGAGGAUGACAAGCCAGGAAAAGGCCAGAAAGGUGACGGCACUGCAAUCUUGAGGGCGGAAUUGAAAAGCCAAAAGAAGGAAGUACGAAACCUGAAGAAAAAAUCACUGUGGUCCAGAAGUUUGGAAGAGGUGACUGGGAAGCUUGUAGAUGUUGUUCGUUUUUUGCUCAUGGAGAUUGAUGACACCUUUGGCAGAGAAGAUAGUAGUGCUCUCGUCGAGUCAUCUGCAAGCUGUCAUCAGAGACUGGGACCUGUUGGCCUGUCCUUGCAUUAUGCAAAUGUAGUUCUACAGAUCGAUGAUAUUAUAAGCAUCAUUGGGAUCAAAGAUGAGAUGGAGAAAACUCUAGCCUGGCUUGUUCCCAUGUCCACCAACACAGCCAAAGACCAUCACGGAUUUGGUUGGGUUGGAGAAUGGGCGAAUUCAGCAUCUGAAGGUAGCCGGAGGUCUGUAUCUGGCAAUAAUGACUUCAUUAGGAUAGAGUCCCUCCAUCAUGCGGACAAGGAGAAAACAGAAACCUACAUUCUUGAACUCCUGCUGUGGUUGCACCAUCUAGUCAGCAAAUCUAAGAAGGCUAGCAGUGCACGCGUAGAUGCUAGCAAGUCACCGCCACUACCACCACUACAAGAGAAGCCGGAUGCUGCUGAGAGUGGGUCGCCGCUACAGAUCACCAUUGAAGAGCAGAGAACGACGGAAAGUACAGGCGAGGAAGAGGGCAAGGACGAUGGUGGCAGCCUGGAAACGAGUAAGAGCGAGGACUUCACAAUAACGCUUUUGACGACGAAGACCAAAUUAGAGAACAAUGUUGGAGGUGAUGUACAGAGCGAGGUAAAUAGUAUGUCAGCUUGAAUGUUACAUACGUAUCUCUUGAAAGAAUAAAGCUUUUAGACGAAUGUUGAAGAAACGCAAAGAGUGUUAUGUAUAUAAUUAGCUUCGUUGGUUUCUUUGGCUUUGUGUGUGUAACCACUUAGUCUGUGUGUAUUUAUUUGCACUUACAAAAUCACAUUCUGGACUUAAGGCUGGUCCUCCGUGAUGGCAUGUGGAUUUAAAUCAUUUUACAGCUAAUGACCAAUUUGCGAGCUCGUUUCCGCAUUUGGAAACACAUAAAUGCAAGUACACCAAGCAAACUCAUUACGUAUUUCCAAUGUUGUCAUAAUCGAACUGGAGUAUGACCCGAUAAUGUGGAUGGCUUGUACUUU